AUGCGCAGCGCCGCCGCUGCCGCUGCCCCCGUGGCGGCGACUGACCCGCAGCUCCUGGCGGCGGCGGUCGAGGCGGCGAUCGCCUCCCGCUCGCCGCGCCUGGGUCGCGCGGCGCACGCGCGCGCCAUCAGGCUGCUCGCCCCGGCCAUCCCGCCCUUCAUCCGCGCCCACCUCGUCAACCUCUACUCCAAGCUCGACCUCCCGGGGCCCGCCGCCGCGGCGCUAGCCUCCGACCCGAGCCCCACCGUCGUGUCGUACACGGCGUUCAUCUCUGGCGCGGCGAAGCACGGGCGCCCGGCCCCGGCGCUCUCGGCCUUCGCCGCCAUGCUCCGGCUCGGCCUCCGCCCCAACGACUUCACCUUCCCCUCCGCAUUCAAGGCUGCGGCCAUCGCGCCGCCGAGCUCCGCCAUCGGUCCCCAGGUACACUCCCUCGCGCUCAGGUUCGGGUACCUCCCCGACGACGCCUUCGUCUCGUGCGCGGCGCUGGACAUGUACUUCAAGACUGGCCGCCUUGCGCUGGCACGCCGCCUGUUCGAGGAAAUGCCCAACAGGAACGUGGUCGCCUGGAACGCGGUGAUGACCAACGCGCUGCUUGAUGGACGGCCCCUUGAGACGGUGGAGGCGUACUUUGGGCUCCGGGAGGCUGGUGGGAUGCCGAAUGUGGUCUCGGUCUGUGCAUUCUUCAAUGCAUGCGCUGGAGCGACAUACCUGUCCCUUGGGGAGCAGUUCCAUGGCUUCGUGGUGAAGUGUGGGCUUGAGAGAGAUGUCUCCGUAUCCAACUCUAUGGUUGAUUUUUAUGGGAAGUGUCGAUGUGUGGGGAAGGCCAAGGUAGUGUUUGAUGGGAUGGGAGUUCGGAACAGCGUGUCCUGGUGUUGCAUGGUUGUUGCAUAUGCGCAGAACGGUGGAGAGGAGGAAGCUUUCUCGGUCUACCUGCGCGCAAGGAGAGCUGGGGAAGAGCCAACGGAUUUCAUGGUUUCCAGUGUACUCACCACUUGUGCGGGACUGCUAGGCCUUGACCUUGGGCGUGCUCUGCAUGCAGUUGCUGUCCGCUCUUGCAUUGAUGCAAACAUUUUUGUCGCAAGUGCAUUGGUUGACAUGUAUGGGAAGUGUGGGGGUAUUGAAGAUGCUGAACAGGUCUUUUUUGAGAUGCCACAGAGGAAUCUUGUUACAUGGAAUGCAAUGGUAGGAGGUUAUGCCCACAUUGGUGAUGCUCGGAAUGCACUUGCAGUGUUUGAUGAUAUGAUAAAGUGUGGAGAAACAGCACCCAAUUACAUCACACUUGUCAAUGUCCUCGCAGCAUGCAGCAGGGGAGGUUUGACAAAGGAAGGGUAUGAGCUGUUCAAGACAAUGAAUGAUAGGUUUGGGAUCAAGCCACAAAUUGAGCAUUAUGCUUGUGUGGUGGACUUGCUUGGUCGUGCAGGAAUGGAAGAGCAAGCUUAUGAGAUCAUACAAGGGAUGCCGAUGAGGCCUUCUAUUUCUGUCUGGGGAGCGCUACUUGGGGCAUGCAAGAUGCAUGGUAAAACAGAGCUAGGAAAGAUUGCUGCUGAGAAGUUGUUUGAACUUGAUCCUCAGGAUUCUGGCAAUCAUGUUUUGCUCUCUAACAUGUUUGCAUCUGCUGGCAGGUGGGCAGAAGCAACAGAUGUGAGAAAGGAGAUGAAAAAUGUUGGGAUCAAGAAAGAACCAGGGCGCAGUUGGAUCACCUGGAAAAAUGUUGUACAUGUUUUCCAGGCUAAGGACACAAAACAUGAGAUGAAUAAUGAGAUCCAAGCAUUACUGGCAAAGCUCAAAAGUCAACUGCAAGCUGCUGGGUACAUGCCAGACACACAAUAUGCUCUCUAUGAUCUUGAGGAAGAAGAGAAAGAAUCAGAGGUGUUUCAACACAGUGAAAAGCUUGCCUUGGCUUUUGGAUUGAUCUGUAUACCACCUGGUGUACCUAUAAGGAUCAUGAAGAAUUUGCGAAUUUGUGUAGAUUGUCACCGAGCUUUUAAAUUCAUAUCUGGUAUUGUUGGUAGGGAGAUAAUUGUGCGAGACAACAAUAGGUUUCAUCACUUCAAAAGUUAUAAGUGCUCAUGCAAGGAUUAUUGGUGAAAAUUUUAUCCACAGGAUCUACUGAGGCAUGCUUCUUUGGGCAUCUCUAGAACCACUUCUACAAAUAUAUAAGAAGUACGUGCAGAGUGCGACAUCAAGCAUGGAAAAUGCAGAAUCACAUGGAAAUAGACGAGCUGGCCAAAUUCAUUCAGUGUUCCGUUCCUGCUGUGGUUGGUGAUUGCUAGCAUGAUGGGAAAUAGGAUGCACAAAAAUUAGACUGGCAAAUCAGAACAAGGGACUAGUAAUAUCUUCAGUUGGUUCCAGCAUUUGGCAUGGUGGAAGGAGGAGAUGCAAGCAUUGGCUGUGGGGCACAAACGACAAGCAUAUUUGGUCCAGCCUUGCAGGUAUCUGGAGUCGUCUCAGGUUGCAUGCAAUCUGAGAGCGGUCUCAAAAAAAUGAAGAGCAGACCAUGCUCAGUGCAUUUGGUGUUCUGUGAUGUAGGUAUGUACAUGUACUCUGGGAGAAGAGGUGUGGUACUGGCUCAGCUCUGCAAUCCAUGAUGUUCCUCCAGUGUUGAAAUGCUGAUUGGUACUAUCUCAGCUCAGCCAUCCAUGACAUUUCUCCAGUGUUCAAAUGAUGUGUGGUACUAUCUCAGCACAACCAUCCAUCAUGUUUCUCCCGUCUGGUCUUGAAGUGCUGACGACUGAGGAUACUAGGUGUAGAAACACUGAUGACUGAGGGUGCUGGGCGGCAUAGUUCUAACCCGGAGAAAUGGUAAUACAAAAUGCACUGAUUCUUAAAGCUUGUAAAUGCACAAUGUACUACAGGGACACAGUAUGUUAGGAAGUACGACUGUAUGGCUCCGAUCAUCAGCUGGUGAAUUUCUGGCAAAUUUAUCAGCAUACAUUUUCCUUCCUCUUCCAGUUUCUAGUUUGUAUUUUGGAGCUUUGCACAUGCUACUAACCGUUUUGUUCACA